ACCAAUAUCAAUAUCAACUUUUGCUGCCUGCGCCAUCAAUUAAGAAUCCUACAGAUACAACACCGAGAAAUCAACUGCACCUUGCUAUGAUCUGACUUGAGAAGAAUCCUGCAUUCAAUGACCUUUGUCCCAUCGACAAAGCAAGGUCAAGCCAUGUCUGGACACCACCCUCUCUCGCCCUAGUCGUCAUUCUUGGCAAUUGAAAUCUGACCUGUUCCCUACACCAUGUCUGGCUUCACGGCUCUAAAUGUCGAACCGGAAGACUCCUUCGAAGAAGAGAUUGACGACACAAAGGAGAUCCAGCUCGAAGAAGCCUUCAAACUCUAUCAGAAUGCCCUCAAACUUCACUCUCAGGGCCCGGCCUUCUUUAACGAAGCCCGUGAUGCCUACCGCGAACUUCUCCAGUCUGAAGUCUUCAAGUAUCCUGAGGCCGUCUCCGAAUAUACCCACGACGAGAAUGACGAUGAUGCCGUCACCGGCAUUACCCAACCAGACUCUACCCUUUUUUCUCUGAUACCUACCAAUGCAGCCGAUUCAUCCGCCAGCUCCAUCCCUCAAAUCCUCUACCUCGCCUUCAAGAAUAAAGGCCAGUUUGCUCUCGACGUUGCACGCCACCAUCUUCCGGACAAGCACGCCGAUCGCGCCGCUUUGUGUCAGUAUUACAUGAAAGCCUGCCUCGAGAGCAUUCACGAUUUCGCCAAGGCCCUCGAACGUGACGAUGCAGAUCUUGAUCUCUGGAAGAAGGGUGCUCGCAUUGCAGAUGUGCUGUCCAGUCAAAGGAUUUCCCGGUUCUGUAUCGAGAGCGUGCUCGCAGGCGAUGACGAAGGCGACUCUGGUCAAGCUAUCGACUUGUCUGGCCUGGACGAAGCAUUUGCUGCUGGAGAGCUGCAACAAUUGCUCAAACUCUUACAGGACGACCUUUCACGCGUGCAGAAUACCGAUGUCCGACCUCGUGCUCCUCUUCUAUUGGCCUUGCGGUCCACCAAUGAUCCGUACCCCUUCUUACCAUCUAGACCAGACCAUCUUGACUACAGCGAUGAUCGAUACAAACCAUCGACCUUUGACCUUGACAUGGUCAAAUUGGAACCAGCCGAGGAUACUUUUCCAUCUCUAGGUGAAGAGAUCACCAAAGCCGUGCAUGCUUUGCAAGAUGUCGCUCUCGCGGCUGCAUCAGCCGCACCCGUGCACAUUGAGAUCUCUGACAAGGGUGAAAUUCGAAGCGCCACCGAUAUGAUCGCGGAGAAUGCUGCACCAGCUUCCCCAACAAAAGCAGAGCCCUCCUUGAAACUUACUGAGUCCCCCAUGACCACUCCUUCCGCGGGGAUACAACUGGAAGUAGAAGUUGCCACGACCAGUCAACCUACUCUUUCUGACCGCGGGGAUAAAGCAACGGAUAAAGCAACGGACCCAGACACAGACAUGGUGUCCGACCAUGAUACUCUUGCUGUGAUAACCACGUCAGAACCGAGCGACGUCCACCCAGUGGACGGACCUGAAGAACAUACUGCUCAGUCGGUCUCGCGCAAAAGGUCAACGACAGCCGCUGGCAACGAAGAGCCAGAAGGUCGAACCAAGAGCAAACGUCUACGCGCCAGAGAAUCCAUGGCAGAUCUUGCUGCUCAAGAAGAAGUCGCGCUGCAAGACGAUCCCCAGUUUUUCCUCGACCAACUGGCAGUCUACGAAAACGCCGAUCAGGCCACCUUUGACGUUGUUAAUUCAUUGCUUUCAAAAUUCGAGAUGCGAAUCUUUCUCUCGGCGGAGGAAGCCAAACAGGCCUUCUGGCAAGACAAAGAUCUCGGCGCCGUUCCUGACACUGGGAGCAAAGACGCUGACCUCAAAUUGUCAAGCGAUCUCAGGAUGGCCCUACUCAACUGGUCCGAUGACAAGUCUCAUGCGAUAAUCAAUGGUCAUGGGAACCAAGACUUUACAGAAAAGUCAACUGGAAUGUCUCUUUUUCUGCAGCAUUCCCGGAGCACCUCGACCCGUGGGACAAACCCUCCAGCUGGUUCCAACGAAUCUGCCUUCUCUCAUCUAGUUUCCCAGAUCAAUUCCACUCCUACCAACCUUUUCGAUGUCGCCAUCCUCUGGCUAUAUUCUCUGCUGGCAAGCGACAAGCAUGCCAAUGCAUCUCAAUCAUCAUAUAUGCGGGAGACGUGGCCCGAGGAGCUAAAAGCCAUGGUGACACAGGUUGCAAGAUCCGCUGAUGAACAAGUAUAUCAAAGGCUCUUGCAGCAUCAUACUCUGCUUGGGCAGCGUUCUGACGACAUCAGCCCUGCGACCACUGAACAGAUUUGCUCCCUCUUCGAACUCGUCCAAUCCCUGUACGAAUUGCAUCUCGAGCACUUUGCCCAAAUCACUGGCCCAAGUAGUGAGACAGAAGACGAAAUUCGCUCCAUGGAGAAUCAGAGGUUGAACCGGUGGGCCGGGCUGGCUGAACUUGCCAUGAGUCUCUAUCUCGACACGAUGAACCAGCCGCGACUAGAUGAUCCCUUGAUAAUUCGUUAUACUUGGGCCAGCACAACCCAGGCAACCCUAGAGCCGGAUAUUGACAAGACACAUGUUCUAAUGUGUCUCCAAGACCUCAGGGCAUUGGUUGAGCAGACCAAGGCGCCAGCCCUCUACUUACCCAACAAUACUGCCAUGCCAGUCAUUGACACAACAGCAAUUGACCAAGAGGUCUCUCGACUGAGCACCCUGGACUUUUUCACAAGCGUCUUCGACACAGACAACAGUGACCCAGCCGCUGUAAUAGAGAAAUUGGAGCCAAUUCUCGAAUACGGCUUUGACACGGUUGCCGUUGAUUCUCCCUCUCAAGAUCUAGGCGACGUGGCGCUGAAAAUGAAAGAAUUGAACAAUUUCCUUGAAGCUGGGGAUGCCUCGCUGAAGCUGUUCCUGUGGCGACGACUCCAGAAUGCAUACACGGCGAUCUCGUACACUCCAAAGGUCGUGUCUUGUCUUUUGCGUUCACUCGAGAUCAGUGUGAACGAACUCUACACGUCUAGGCAUUUUGGGACGGACGACGACGCACGAAGACUGGACUUGCUGAGAUGGCUGCGUGACAUUGAUGAACUGGUGAUCAGAUUGGUUCCAAAGGUUCUCAGUGAAGAUGCCCCUUUUGAAUGUGUGGAUGAACAACACCUACGCACCUCCACACAAGCAGUAGUCCGGCUGAUCAGGUUAUUGCAUGGUUUCAUCAUCUACGAGGACUCUGUUCGCGUGGGUCAGACGUCACCUCCCUCUCUCAAAGGAGCGUCUUCUGUCAAACUCUAUGACAAGAGUAAAGACCGUUUUCGAGAAAUGCUAGUUCGGCUUUGGACGUUGCAGUACACGCUCUUGAAAGAAGCCACAGUGCAAGACCCAAGUUCGUUCACGCGGGCGCCAGACGACCUUGCCGAGUACGUGAGUUUCGUCCACAACGCGCUCGGCAUUCGACACUAUUGCAAAUACGCCAACAAGACAUUUGUCAAGUUGGUAAAGAGCGAACUCGGCGCACUAGAAACCCAGCAGGAUUAUUCCGCAGACAUGAUCCAGGUGUUUUUCGACCUAUACCAACUUCGGUUCACCAGUGGUGUUGGCGACGUCAACCACGGGUGUCCCACGGAAACUCUCGACCGCAAAACAGCAUGGUCUUUGAUCCCGACCAUCAUGAGCUACGUCUCUAACACGAACAUCAAAGAUUUGGCAAAGAGCGAGCUGAAAGGAACUAUCGACAAGAUUCAGCAAGCAAUGGGCGUGUUGAAAAAUCAACCGUCACUGUCGUACAACCGACGAACGAUAUCUAGUUACCUCAAGACGCCGAUCAAUCCCAACGACCUCUAUCAAUGUAUUCGAGGCAUUGGAGACCUGCCAACACGACCUGUUGUGACGGAGACUGACGUGGCGGCUCGCAGCGGGUGGUACUCUCUCCUCGGACAAAUCAGCCUGGCGAAGUACAAGUCGGUCAAACGGGUGACACCGACGCCCACAGAUGACUUGGACCUUGCUGCUUCACUGUUUCGCCAAGAGCUGGAUCACAACAUCUACAAAUGGGAGACAUGGUACCGACUUGCUCAAGUUUACGAGGCCAAGAUUGAGGACGAUCUUAUUUGGAAUUCUACCAAGCUCAACGAUGCAAGGGCCGACAUUGCCCUUCUUGAACGUCAGGCCAUCCACUGCUUCAUGAUGGCGACGGCAAUAGCGAUGCGGUCCUCUGACGACAGUACGGAGACAGCUCAAAAAGUUGAGGACAUGCUCUCAGAGUUUGGAACUCGACUAUACGCAUCUUCACGCCCACCUUUGGAUAUGGAAGCGUUCCGCACGGAUAAGUACACUAGGCACCUGAGCAGUACAGUCGAUGGAAGAAUGUCCAAACAGCCCAUCUACCAACCCGUCGACGCUUACUCCCUGUGGAAAUUUGCCGCUUUCCUCCUGGGUCGUAAGCUGACGCACAAGCCCAAACCCUGGCUUUCGCAUUACACGCGAGGGAAGUGUCUGUGGAAGAUGUUUCAACAGCCGGUAAAUGCGUCUCGAAAGCGCCCAGUCACCGCUGAACAUGUGUUGGAGGCCUUCACCGACGCCAUUGAGUCAUUGCCGAAAAAGGAGAAGUCGAGCGAACCCAUCUUGGAACCUCACUUCAAGCUUGCCUCGGUGCUUCACAAGAUGGUGUCCCGCCGUGUACUUUCGCCUCACCAAGGCUGGGAUUACAUGCAACAUACCAGAUAUGCACAAGGUAUCACUCUGGAGGAGGACGAUGACGGGCCAGAAUGGAUACCGUACAUUCUGGCGGUCCUUAAGAAGCUCCAGAAUGCGGACAAGGCCAAUUGGCAUCACCGCUUUAUCAAUCGUGCAGCACAUGCAAUUUACGACGUUGACAGGACUCUUGCGGAUGCGCUUGGUGCUAAGCACCAGUUUACCCAGCAAAUCUUUACCAAGACGAUGACAUUGCAGGUGUGGAAACCAGAGUAUGAGCGACCCGGCCGACACUACGUGUACACGGGUCGAUACGUGGACUUUUUUGUUCAGAUCUUGGUGCAGCUCAACGACCGGGCCAACCUUGACCAGUUAAUCCGCCGCAUUCGACGAAAGACGACGGAUUUCCUCAACCACACCAAGGUGUGGGAGGACACGGUUGUGGCAUAUGUAGGUCUGCUGAGAAAGCACGGCAAGAUUCCAGACGGGCGCGAACGAGCGGUCUUUGACGGAAUGAACCACGAAGAGUUCACCAAGAAGUCAGAGAAAGUAGAACAGUGGGCUCUUGAUCCAGAGACUUCGUCGGUCUACCUCGACAUCAUGCGAGACGCAAUCGACCUGAAGAGACUGAACAACAGCCUCAUGAAGGGUCCGGCCAUUGACGAUCUAAUUGGAGACUCUUAUACGUGUCUGUACGAAGAAUUCAUACGCCAGUUGCCAGAAGAAGAGCAGCCAGCACCGCAACCCAUGGCGUACCCGCAGGGCACCUUUAUCAACAUGAUGACUGAGAGCAAUACUGGCGACGAUGGUGCAUUGAACCGAUCACAGGCCGAUGGAGUUACCGAAGGACCACUGGCCGUCUCAGUCUCAGCGCCUUUGGGUUUGGGCGUGCAAGGAACACCCACAAUGACCACUGGUCAUGUGGUGCCUGAUGUCCACCGUGUCCCUGGAAAACCCGGCAGAACCAAGACAGUGACAAGGCGAGAGAUUCAACGCAAAGCGGAAGCAGCUAUUGCCAAGCCGCCACCGAUCAAGACUCCGAUCUUGAGCAAACGCCCAACCAUUGAGAUCGUGAUCAAGAGUGAUCGUGGGGAUUCGCCACUCGACAAACGUGUCAGCAGCGCCAAAGGGGAAGACGCGGAUCAUAGCAGGGCCAGUUCUCGCCGAAGCAGUAUGGUCGAUGGCGGCGAUAAGAGCGUGGUGGCCGAUGAUGAUUCGGACAGUGAGCUUAGCGAGCCAGACGACGAUACCAAGCAAUUAUUCUCGGAGCUAGAACAGGCGGGGGAACACGGCGAUGAUGCAGGUGAAGAGGAUGGCGAGGGCCAGGAUGGUGGAGAAGAUGAGUCAGGUGAGGAUCGAGAUGACGACGAUCAUGAUGAAGAAAUGGCAGACGCAGAAGGAGAUGGGGACGGAGAUGGAGAGGGGGAGGGAGAAGAAGAAAUGGAAGGAGAGGGAGAGUUGGAGAUUCCUGAAACUCAAGACGUCGGCAAUGCUCCAGAGAAAGAAAACUCGAGCGACGGUGAAGAGAACGACGAAUUUCACGAGGCAGUCGAACAGAAUGAAGGCUGACCAGGGCACGAAGGCACGAACGAGUUGGCUGGUGUGUUACAGAUUUGGACCGGCAAUCCUUGACAUGGCGAAGGCAAAGCAACAACCUUGGUGUCUCGUUGCUAGAAUUUGGAGCUCGUUUUGGAAGUCCCCGAUCAUUCUUUUAUAGAUGACAGUGACUUUUGAUAUUUGAUCUCUGAGACUUUAGUACCUUGGGCUGAUAUGUUUAACCUACGAAGAAUGGAAGCAUUUUUGGCCAUUUUA